AUGGGAUUCAAACAUCUUCUUGUUGGGGCUUCUUCCCUAGUUCUGCUAGCAGCAGCUCAAGAAGCAGCGUAUGCUCAAUGUGGUGGUACCAACUGGCCAGCAUCAAAAACAACCUGUGUGUCUGGAUAUGUCUGCAGUUACGGAAACCCAUUCUAUUCUCAAUGUCUCCCCGGUUCCGCUACUCCCUCCAGCUCGAAAGCAGCCAGCACAGUCCCACCCACUGGAAGCAGCACCAAGCCCCCACCAACAAGUACGACAGUACCUGCAGGCAGCAGUAGCACAACAGUCUCUGCAGCCCCGGGGACAACUGUGGCCCCCGUUGCAGGAAACCCUUUCUCAGGAGUAGCACUCUACGCCAACCCAUACUACGCCUCUGAAAUAUUGACUCUAGCGGUCCCUUCGCUUACCGGUGCAAUGGCAGUAAAGGCGUCAGCCGUCGCUAAAGUGCCUACUUUUGUUUGGUUGGAUACCGCUUCUAAAGUUCCGCUCAUGGCGACCUUUCUUGCAAAUAUUCGUGCCGCAAACAAAGCUGGUGCGAGUCCUCCUGUAGCUGGAACCUUUGUCGUGUAUGAUCUGCCAGACAGAGAUUGUGCAGCUCUAGCUUCUAACGGAGAGUAUUCUAUCGCCAACGGCGGUGUCGCUAAUUACUACAAGUACAUUGAUUCCAUCAAGGCUCUCCUUGUGACUUAUUCAGAUGUCAAAGUCAUUCUCGUGAUUGAGCCUGACAGUCUGGCAAACAUGGUGACAAACAUGAACGUACCCAAGUGCGCCAAUGCAGCGGCUGCAUACAAACAGUGCACCCAAUAUGCCAUUGAGCAACUCAACCUUCCUAACGUUUCCAUGUAUCUUGAUGCAGGACAUGGAGGUUGGCUGGGCUGGGAAGCAAACAUCGGUCCAGCUGCCAAACUCUACGCAGAUCUGUACAAAGCUGCUGGAAAACCUGCCGCUGUCAGAGGUCUUGUGACCAAUGUGGCCAACUACAACGCAUGGAGCAUAGCAACUUGCCCUUCGUACACUCAAGGAGAUGCGAACUGUGAUGAGAAGCGUUACAUCAACGCUCUUGCUCCGCUUCUUACCGCUGCUGGAUUCCCUGCGCACUUUAUCGUUGACGUUUCGCGUAACGGUGUUCAACCAACUGCCCAGCUGGCUUGGGGUGACUGGUGUAAUCUCAAGGGGACUGGAUUUGGUGUUCGGCCUACUACCAACACUGGUGACGUUUUAGCCGAUGCAUUCGUCUGGGUGAAGCCUGGAGGAGAGGGCGAUGGAACUUCUGAUACAACCUCAGUACGGUACGAUGCCCACUGUGGUCUGGCUGAUGCUCUUACACCGGCUCCCGAGGCCGGAACUUGGUUCCAAGCAUACUUUGCCCAAUUGUUGGCGAAUGCAAACCCAUCAUUCUAA